AUGAUUCCUUCUCCAUUCGUUGACGUGAUCGUUGUUGGUGCUGGUCUUAGUGGCCUCCAGGCAGCUGUAGACCUCGACAAAGCCGGUCUCUCCUACAUCGUCCUUGAGGCCAAUGAUCGGGUCGGUGGCAAAACUCUCUCUGUCCCAGCUGCUACCGGCGGUGGGCUGGUUGACCUGGGUGCCGCCUGGAUAAAUGACAGCAACCAGAGAGAGAUGUACGCAUUGGCCCAAGAAUUCGACUUCAACCUUAUCGUCCAGCGCACUGAAGGACUGUCACUCGAUCAGUCGAACGGAACGACGCAUGCCAUUCCCUAUGGUCAGUUCGGAGAUUUUACGAAUGAGCAACUCGCUGAGAUUCUCACAAUCAUGACGAAGCUGCAAGAAUAUGUUGAUUGA